AUGACAGACGUGGAGAGUGUCACGGUAGCGAUGAAGGAGGUCAAUGGCGUGCAAGCGUUUGAGCUCACGUGGGUCGUGUACGACCCGACGGAUCCCUUGGGCGCCCUCCUGGCGCUCUUCACGCUGUCUCCCAUCUUUCUGAUGAUUGUGUACCUCACAGUUGUCGUCUCACAAAGGGACUUGGACAGCAUUAGCAUGCUCAUUGGGCAGCUUGCGAGCGUCGUGCUCAAUAAAGUGCUAAAAAAACUGAUCAACCAGCCGCGGCCGGAAAGCGCGUUCUUGAGCGGACCAGGAAUGCCGUCGGCGCAUUCCCAAUUCAUGGGCUUCUUUGCAGCCUAUGUGGUGAUCUACACGUGGAAGAGGCUGAACUCGAUACGACGACUGGAGCAGCUGUUCACCGUAUCGAGUGUGAUCGUGACGUCAUGUUUGACCUGCUACUCGCGCAUCCACUUGAAUUACCAUUCUGUAGACCAAGUCAUAGCUGGCGCGGUCAUUGGCGUGCUCACUGGAGUUGGCUGGUACACUUUGGUUUCCGCAGUCUCUCCGUGGCUUUUUCCACUAGUGGCCACUUCGCGUCUUGCAAAGCUUUUUUUUGUGCGCGAUGUCUCGCACAUCCCGGACUUGACUGUUUUCCAGCACGAAAUCAGUAGCACGAAGCUUUACAAAACUGUUCCAAAGAAGAUUUAG